UCGCGAGAGUCGCUGUCGGUCGCGCUGACCCGCGUGGUCCUACGCGUUGCCGCGAGAUACUUCCUUUCCUCGUUGCCCGGCCAUCUUGGAGGCGCUCCUUUGGCAACGGCAGGGCCGACGUGAGCCGGCAAGAUGGUGGCCGCCAAGAAGACGAAAAAGUCUUUAGAGUCCAUAAACUCUAGGCUUCAGCUGGUUAUGAAAAGUGGUAAAUAUGUUCUUGGAUAUAAACAAACUCUGAAAAUGAUUCGGCAGGGCAAAGCCAAGUUGGUUAUCCUAGCCAAUAACUGUCCUGCUUUGAGAAAAUCAGAAAUUGAGUAUUAUGCUAUGUUGGCCAAAACUGGUGUGCAUCACUACAGUGGCAAUAAUAUUGAACUGGGAACAGCUUGUGGGAAGUACUACAGAGUAUGUACACUUGCUAUAAUUGACCCAGGUGACUCUGAUAUCAUUAGAAGCAUGCCAGAACAAACCAGUGAGAAGUAAAAUUAAUAAACUUUAAAUUUUGUGUAAUAAAACUGGCUUUAAAUCUGU